GAAAGAUCUUUCUUGGCUUCAAGACGUCUGAUAUCUUUGGAAAGUUUUGAGAAGAUCCCCACAUUUUCCCCUGAUCAUAGUUUUGCUUUGCUUGGCCGAAAGAAAAAGCUAUUUGAUCAAGUCAAGUUGCUUUCAGCGAUGAAGUUGGCGCUGUUUCUAAGCGUGCUGCCUGGCCUUGCCACUGGCGUCUAUGGUGAUAGUGAAGAAUGGGAGCGUGAACUCGUGGAUGCCUGGACCACCAUUGGCGACUGUUCUCCUGAAACUGGCAUCUGCGAAGGCUGUGGGUUUGGUGCUGCCGUUGUCGAUUUGAAUGGUCCCGACGGAGCCGAGACGAGGUUUUACAAUGCCGGACCGGGUGAGCGAGAGGCUCCCUGGGGCCCCCAAGAUACUUGGGAGAUUGCCAGUAUUACCAAACCCUUCACUGCCGUGGCCACACUCAUCUUGGAAGCAGAGGGGGUCGUCACUCUCGACUCGGCCAUUGGUGACUUUUUGCCGUGCAAUUGGACCGAGGCAAACAGCCAGGUGGCAUCCGUCACUCUUUUGGAAAUCAUUCAGCAUCAGUCGGGAUUCCCUGCGCAACCUCCCGAUCGCGGUCCUUCCGUGGGUGGAAACCCAUUCGCUGGGUAUACUGAGGACAGGUUGUGUGCAUCCCUGUUGAAGUUGAAUGGACUCCCCACGCGUGGCCGAUACUCCUACAGUAACUAUGCCUAUGGAACUCUGGGCUAUGUCUUGACCCUUGCAGUCGACUCGGAAAACCCACCAGACUAUGAAGAUAUCAUCAAGGAAAAGAUUCUGGUUCCCCUCGAAAUGUUUGAUACUUCUGUCACGUACGAUGAACCAGGAUGGGACAAUGCCGCGGUGGGUUGCUCCCGUGGACUCGCACGCGGUCAAGAGACGAUUCGUCUCGGUGCCUACGAGACUCUGCAAGGCAAUGGGGCGCUGCGCUCCACACUCGAAGACGUGUCCAAAUAUUUGCUCGCGGCCCUUUACGUCGACGCUGGCAUGCCAACUCCCAUUGACGAAAGUGUGUUUGGAGGUCUCCCACCUGCUUCCGACGAAAUCACGAAACUCUACGACGCCCUUGCCAUUGCUCAUUCUUUGGAGAAUGCUGCCACUGCGGCGUGCACAUGUGUCUCGAAUUGGUGCGAAGGUCUCUUGUGUCCUCUCCCCAAUCCAAACAACGAAUUCAUCACAUCCGGAGGCUUUGAGGGUUAUUCCUCGGGUGGUGUGGGCACGUGGCGCAAGAGUGGCGAUACGGGUGGAUACUCCAGCCGUGUCGCCUACAGUGCCGCCAAAGGAAGGGCCGCGGUGGCGGUCGACACGUGUGGUGGGUGUGGCAGCAAGGGCACGGCAGGAUCCGGAGCGCAACGUGCGGCGUUGCUCCUCGUGGAUGGACCUCCCGUGUUGGAACCCGUCGAAAGCAUGGAAGACGAGCCAGCGGAGGAAUUCUACAUUUUAUUCACAGGAGAUGCUCACAGUCACAACUUUCCCUCGGUCGCACAAGUCAACGUGGAAGUCACAUCUACCGAAGAUCCCAACGUUGUCACAGUGGCUUUAUCCAGUAGCGAUGGAACAGGAGCCACCAGUAGGGCUGUCCGAGCCGCUGGUGUGGAUGGAGCCUGGAUUGUGGAGGAACCGAUUUUUAUGGGCACGGGAUGGGGGGCAUCUUCGGAUCCCUUCAAUCAGCUUGACAUUCCGCGAACUCUGAUCAUUUCCAACAAUUGGGACACUGCAACCUACCAAGACAUGGGCGCCGAUGUUCACCUGGCAUACGUUUGUGAUGGUCGCCGAUGCAAUGAUAGAAUUCUUGGCAACAAUGAGGACGAGGAAGGAUUUCCAAGUCUUGGCCCUCCCGAAAAAUCAGAAGACGAGAUGUUUCCUUCAGGCAGGGUCGGGAAAAAGAGAGUAGGAGGCCCAUAGGAAAUCGCUUCAGUAACUAGCUCGUGCUAUUUUAAAUAGUGCUCGUGCUAUGGCGGUGCUCGAAAAUUAUUUGGUUAAUUGUUAAAAAAAACUGUUGGAUUUAGC